AUGGGCGGCCCCGCGGUGACCCUCGAGGUCGCGAACGGCGUCGCCGUCGUGACGAUGAGCAACCCGCCGGUGAACGCGCUCGCGAUUAAGAUCCUGGAAGGCCUCAAGACUCAGGUCGAGGCCGCGCAGAGAGACCCGAAGGUGCGAGCGAUCGUCAUCACCGGAAGCAAGGGCAAGUUCAGCGGCGGCUUCGACAUCACCCAGCUCAAGGCGCGCACCGAGGGCAAGCCCGUGCGAAACAUGAGCGACUUCAACGCGACGCUCAACUCGGUCGUCGAGUCCGGGGCGAAGCCCACGGUCGCGGCGAUCGAGAACCUCGCCCUCGGCGGCGGGUUAGAGGUCGCGAUGGCGUGCAACGCGCGCGUGGCGACGCCGAAAGCGCAGCUCGGCUUGCCCGAGCUGCAGCUCGGCGUGAUCCCGGGCUUCGGAGGGACGCAGCGCCUGCCGAGACUCGUCGGGCUUCAGAAGGCGCUCGAGAUGAUGCUGAAAUCGAAGCCGAUCAAGGCUGAGGAGGCGCUGAAGCUCGGUCUCGUCGACGCGAUCGCACCGAGGGACGCGCUGACGCAGACCGCGUCCAAGCUCGCGCUGGACAUCGCGGAGAAGCGCGCGGAGGCGAAAAAAAUCUUCGCCGUCGCGCGACGCGGCGCGAAACGCGUCCAAAAGCUCAUGCCGCACCCGAUGCUGUGCAUCGACGCGAUCGAGGCUGGUAUCAACAAGGGCGCCUCGGAGGGUCUGAUCGUCGAGCAAGACGCGUUCGCGAAGGCGGUGUCGUCCGCCGCGUGUAAGGGACUCGUGCACUUUUUCUUCGCGUCGCGCGGCACGGCGGCGGUUCCCGGGGUCACGGACGUCGGCCUCGCCCCGCGCGUCAUGAAGUGCGUCGGGGUCGUCGGCGGGGGGCUCAUGGGCAGCGGGAUCGCGACCGCGUGCGUCAUGAACGGCGUGUCCGUGGUAUUGAAGGAGAUUAACCAGAAGUUUUUGGACGCGGGGAUGAGCCGCGUGAAGGCCAACCUGGCAUCCGCGGUGAAGAAAGGUCGGCUGACGCAACAGAAGGCGGACGCGAUGUACGCGAACUGCCAUCCGACGUUGUCGUACGGCGCGUUCUCCAAGGUUGACAUGGCGAUCGAGGCGGUGAUCGAAAACCUCGGCCUCAAGCAGAAGAUCUUCUCCGACCUCGAGUCCAGCUGUCGCCCCGACGCCAUUCUCUCCACGAACACCUCGACGAUUGACAUCACGAAAGUGGCGCAGAAGAUGAAGAACCCGGAGCGCAUCGUCGGCGCGCACUUCUUCUCCCCCGCGCACGUCAUGCAACUCUUCGAGAUCAUCCGCACGGACAUCACGCCGCCGCAGGUGCUCGUUGACACCCUCGGCCUGAGCAAGCAGAUCAAGAAGACGCCCGUCGUCGUCGGAAACUGCACCGGAUUCGCCGUGAACCGCGUCUUCUUUCCGUACACGAUGUCCGCGUGCUUGCUCCUCGACCUCGGGUGCGAUCCGUACGCGAUCGACAACGCGAUCCGAAUGUUCGGGAUGCCGAUCGGACCGUUCCGUUUGGGCGACCUCGUCGGGCACGACGUCGGCGUCGCCGUCGGGUCGAACUUCAUCGAGGACUUCCCCGAGCGCGUGUACCGGUGCGCGAUGAUUCCGUCGCUCGUCGCGAGCAAACGUCUGGGCGAGAAGAGCGGCUCGGGUUUUUACGUCCACAAAGGGAAGACGAGUCUGCCAGACCCGGAGGGCAUCGCGCCGUUGCUCGCGGCGUCGCGAGCGAACGCGAGGUCGCAGCUGCCCGCGUCCGCGUUCGCCGCGGACGCGCCGCUCGCGGCGCUGACGCAGAGCGACAUCGUCGAGAUGAUUUUCUUCCCCGUCGUGAACGAGGCGUGCCGGUGCCUCGCGGAGGGCGUCGUCGUGAGAGCGGGGGAUCUCGACACCGCGGCGAUCUUGGGGAUGGGGUUCCCGCCGUUCCGCGGCGGGAUCGUGCACUGGGCGGACUCCGUGGGCGCGAAGAGAAUCGCGGACCGACUGCGUGAGUGGAGCACGCGGUACGGAGGGAUCUACCAGCCGUGCCCGUACUUGGAAGACUGCGCCGUGCAAGGGCGCACGUUAUCGGAAGGCCCGAUCAAGGGACCGGAUCGCUCGAAGCUGUGAUCGACGCGACGCGACGCGACGCGAGCGCGCGAUCGCUUAUACUAAUUCUUCUCGAGUACCUAUGAAAUUGUGUACCU